AUGGUGCGUGGUACAACACCCGACAACUUAGCCAGGGGACUGAGUCUCCAGCCCAUGCAGACCUUUGACAACUGCAUCACUGAAGAAGUGACGAAUCAGCUGUUCAGGACCACGAAUCCAUUCGGCUUGGACCUGAUUUCACUAAAUAUUCAACGUGCGAGAGACCACGGACUUUCUACUUACAAUCAAGUCCGGGAACUGUGUCACUUGGGCAGGGCGAGAAACUUCGAAGACUUGCUCCAAGAAAUGUCACCUGAAACUAUCAGAAAACUUCGAAGCGUCUACGAGCACGUAGAUGACAUCGACUUGUUUAUUGGUGGUGUUUCCGAGGAAUCUGUUCCUGAUGCUGUGCUGGGUCCUACGUUCCUUUGCAUAAUUGGUGACCAAUUUACCAGACUGAAACGAGGCGACAGAUUCUUCUACGAAUUUGGAGGACACGCAGCGUCUUUCACUGAAGAUCAACUAGAAGAAAUUCGACAGACAAGUUUUGCGAGAAUCUUGUGCGACAACACGGAAGUUGGAGAAAUGCAGCCCCUGGCGUUCGUGCGGCCAUCUUUCGCGUAA